GUUCAGUCGUUGCUCAGUCAUCAGUGGCCGGUUGAAGAUCAUCGAAGAUGGUUGGAGGACUGCUCCUUCUGUGUGCAUCAUUGCUGAUAAAUAACUGUCAUGGUGCUGCGUCGGACAUCGAGCUGGACGCCAAAGCCCAACUCCUCCACCGUCUCGACAGUUUAAAUCUCCUCCUCUACACAUUUCUCCUGAUCCUGACGGUGUUGACGAUCUGGACAUUCAAGCAUCGUCGCCUGCGGUUCCUCCACGAAACGGGACUGGCUGUCAUCUACGGCCUCAUUAUCGGUGCAAUAAUCCGUUAUGGCUUCAAAACGAGUCCCAUCACUCAUAUGCGCGUCGAACCCGAGGUUGACAACAGAUACAACCAGUCAGUUCCACCUGACUCUCUGUGGUUACGCUUUCCGGAAGAUAAAGGCGGUGGCACGGUUAAAAAUAAAACAUUUGCAUACUCCUUCAGGGGUGAGAUAUUCAAACAAGACAGCGAGAUUGAUCUGAAGGCCACUUUCGAUCCAGAAAUUUUCUUCAAUAUUAUUCUACCACCGAUUAUAUUUCACGCAGGAUACAGCUUGAAGAGAAAAUACUUCUUCCGUAAUUUGGGGGCCAUUUUAAUGUAUGCCCUCCUGGGCACGACAAUAUCAUCGUUUGUUAUCGGAGCACUGAUGUACACCUUCAUUCAACUGAUACCACACCUGUCCCAGUCGUUCGGAUUCCUGGACACGCUUUACUUCGGGGCGCUGAUUUCACCGACAGAUCCACUGACUAUCAUCUCGAUAUUCAAUGAUCUUCACGUAGAUGUCAAUCUCUACGCGCUUGUGUUCGGGGAGAGUGUGUUGAAUGAUGCUGUGGCUAUCGUCCUCAGCGGAUCUAUUCAGAAUUACGGGACGAGAUAUCAGACAGGCUCUGGGGGCUUCGAGACAGUGGCAUUCUUCCAGGCACUAGGUGACUUCAUUGGAAUAUUCAGUCUGUCGUUAUUUAUCGGAGCUUCAAUGGGCUGUUUAACCGCACUUCUGACGAAAUUCACGAGAGUCAGGGACUUUCCACUCCUCGAGUCCGCUUUAUUCGUCCUCAUGUCUUACAGUACUUUUUUGAUCGCUGAGUCAUCGGAUUUAACAGGUGUUGUUGCUGUAUUAUUCUGCGGAAUAUGUCAAGCCCACUACACCUACAACAACCUCAGUCCCGACUCUCGACAGCGGACGAAACAGCUCUUCGAAUUGCUCAAUUUUCUCGCCGAGAACUUCAUCUUCAGUUACAUCGGGGUCUCCAUGUUCACGUUUCCCAAGCAUCGGUUCGAUCCUGGCUUCAUAUUCUCGGGAUUCGUCUGUGCGCUGAUAGGACGUGCAGCCAAUGUCUAUCCCCUCUCGUUUCUCCUCAACUUGGCGAGAAAACCGAAGAUACCGAUGAACCAUCAGCACAUGCUGUUCUUCGCUGGGUUGAGGGGAGCCAUGAGCUUUGCCCUCGCCAUCAGGAAUACAGUGUCGGACGCCAGAAAAGCCAUGCUCACGACCACUAGCUUGAUCGUUAUUCUCACGGUUAUUUUCCAGGGAGGGGCGACCACACAAUUUCUCAGUUGGUUUAAAAUACCAGUUGGAGUAGAUGAAGAAGUGGAAGGUCUCUCCCACGGAAGUGUUCGGAACGUGUACAGUUCAGUGGACACUAGUGGGUCCGGUGGCGAAGGUGGCUUCGGACCUCUGGAGAUGCGUCGGGAGCGAAGUCCCCCGUACAAUUCGAUGCAAGACGGUUCCCUGCAGGCUGGGGGCAGUACCGCUGGUAAGCCCAAUGAGAAGGCUUUACUUGCACGAAUAUGGGGUGACUUUGAUACAAAAUAUAUGAAGCCACUUCUCACCCACUCGCGACCAACUUUACUGGAGACUCUGCCAGUUUGUUGCACACCUCUUGCGAGGCUUUUAACAACAGCUCAACAAUUGUCUCAGGACGAUCCAGCGAGAAAAGCAGACUCAGACUCUGACCUGUGCCUCGAAGCACAGGACGUCGAGUGGAAUACGAGUAUAGAGCCGGUGAGUUUUCAUCAGCCAAAUUUAAAUUACACUGUCAAUCCGUGCUAUCAGCCUAACAACGCUGCAGAAUUUAACAAUCCUGGUGAACCCUACGUCAUACUUAACUUGAACAGAAGAUAGAGGGCUAUUAAAUAGGCUUAACCUGAAGAUAAUAAUCAUCAGCGAAUGCAAUAAGAAAGUAAUCUCAAUGUUUUCGAUAUACUUUCGUUCGAUUGUUUUACAUUUUCGUUCAUUGGUCUGACUAACUGCAUCUCCGGGGGGAAGAAAUUCAACUGAUCCAUUGAUUAAUCAAUUAACCACUGAUUUUAUCGUGUAAUCCUUGCCUAGUGCAUGAACACUAACACUUGAACAACUUCAUUUCUUCCAUUGACAAAAGAAUUUAUUGAUAAAUGAAGAUAUCUGGAGUGACAAUGAUAUACACGACUUGAUGAGAAUCUCCAAUCACUGUAUGAUAUUCAAUGUAAAGAAUUAUUUUUUUGUAAAUUAUUGUAUACAGAAAAUUUCAGUUGGAAUUUAUUAUUGCUGAGGUGUGAUGAGAACUUGGGGCUCGAAGGUUUUUCAUUAAUGUAGAUGAGAGUGUGUGUAUCACUGUUUUAUCAUCUCACAAUGAUUGAAUGAUUAUUAUAUAAAUAUAACAAGUUUACUAACAAAUUGGGUUUGUACUUUCCAUUCGCUUGCUCCAACCGAAAAUUAUGUUUAAUGUCCUCGACUUGAUUUUAUGGGGAACAUUUGUUGAAAAGAGAUGAAUAGUUUAUAGAAUUAUUAUGAGUUUGCUUGUGAUUAUCGCUUCGAAAUUGUGUCCAUGUCCAGUCCUAAUUUAGCAUUUCGUUAUUUUUUAUCGGUGUGUAAACAUCUCAGUUUUUUGUUCAAGGGGAAGAUCUCGAAAAGUAUUGAGGGGCCAUCGAAAUUCAUGACGAAUAAAAUGUUUUUUAACUCACAUCUGUAGUAAUUAUAGUUCUCGAGAUGUAGACGUUUAAUGAAGACAAAUAUAAAGAAUAAUUUUAUUCGUCAUUAAAAUUCCCGAGAGAGUCGCACAUUUUUUGGGAACAAAAUGCAUGAUGUUUACACAGAGGGGCAUUACAAUUUUUUCGUCAUUUUUGUUCAAUUUUUUUUGUCAUGGGAGCAAAACGAUAAUUAUUUUGUGUUCAUUGGAUGACGUGAUCCAAAUUUUUUGUUGUGAAUUAUUA